AUGAAGUUCAUACUCCAUUUUUGGGUUCUUUUCUGUUGUCUGUAUGCACUAAGCAAGAAUAUCUAUGCGAGGCCCGAUACAGUGAGCGUUGGAGCUCUUUUCACAUUCAAUUCCACGAUAGGGAGAGCUGCCAAGAUUGCCAUUUCUGCUGCUGUCAAUGAGAUCAACAACGAUUCAAGCAUCCUUCCAGGCACAAACCUGGUUGUCGAGAUGCAAGAUUCCAACUGCAGUGGCUUCGUUGGCAUUGUGCAAGCAUUGCAAUUCAUGGAGAAAGAUACAGUUGCAAUCAUCGGCCCACAAUCUUCUGUCAUCGCGCAUGUUAUUUCUCAUGUUGCAAAUGAACUUCAAGUGCCUAUGCUGUCCUUCGGUGCAACUGAUCCAACUCUCACGUCACUUCAGUUUCCUUUCUUGGUGAGGACAACCCGUAGUGAUCAUUUUCAAAUGGCUGCUGUUGCUGACUUAGUCGACUACUAUGAGUGGAAGCAAGUGACAGCUAUAUAUAUAGAUGAUGAUUAUGGAAGAAACGGCAUAGCCUCUUUAGGUGAUGAACUUGUCAAGAGGCGGGGUAAGAUUUCAUAUAAAGCUGCAGUUAGACCAGGAGCAAAAAAGAGUGAGAUGGCUAGUGUGCUGGUCAGGGUUGCAUUGAUGGAAUCUCGAGUCGUAAUUCUGCAUGCAAAUCCUGACUCUGGGCUUGCACUUCUCUCAUUGGCACGCAAUCUCGGCAUGACCUCAAGCGGGUAUGUGUGGAUUGCAACAGAUUGGCUCAGCUCAAUCCUGGAUUCAUCGCCACGUCUUGACAUCGGAUUACUGAGCACAAUGCAGGGUUUUCUCACAUUACGCCAGCACACAGAAAAUACAAGAAGGAAGAGCAUGCUAGCUUCAAAAUGGAGUGCACUGGUGAAGAAGGAUAGUGUUGACGACCUGUUCUUGAUUAAUUCGUAUGGGUUUUAUGCUUAUGAUACUGUCUGGAUCCUUGCUUAUGCGCUGGAUGCAUAUUUCAGUAGAGGUGGAAACAUUUCUUUCUCAAACGACACCAAGCUACAUGAAGUUGGGGCAGGGGGUCUGCAAUUGAAAGCUAUGACUGUCUUUGAUGGGGGGAGGCUGUUACUAGAAAGAAUCCAGCAAGUGAAUUUCACGGGUGCAACUGGCCCUGUAAAAUUUGAUACAGAUGGUAAUCUUAUCCGUCCUGCGUACGACAUUGUUAACAUAGUGGGAUCUGGUCUGCGGACAGUUGGUCACUGGUCCAACUAUUCUGGCCUGUCCACCUCGUUGCCUGAGACUCUUUACAUGAAACCAGCAAAACGUAUUAGGGGAGAUCAGAAACUCCACACUGUGAUAUGGCCAGGUGAGACUACAGUAAGGCCACGUGGAUGGGUGUUUCCCAACAAUGGAAUUGAGCUGAAAAUUGGAGUUCCCAAUAGGGCAAGUUAUCGUCAAUUUGUGUCAGUUGACAAUAACAGUGGAACGGUGCGUGGUUUCUGUAUUGAUGUGUUUGUUGCUGCAGCCAACUUGUUACAAUAUCCAGUUCCAUUUAAGUUUGUUCCGUUUGGGGAUGGUAGUCAGAAUCCAAGCUAUCCAGACCUUAUCAACAAUAUUCUAACGAAUGAAUUCGAUGCUGUGGUAGGUGAUAUAGCUAUUGUCACAAACCGGACAAGGGUUGUUGACUUCACUCAGCCAUAUGUUGAGUCAGGACUUGUGGUACUUACCUCUGUUAAGAAGCAAAGCUCGAGUGGAUGGGCCUUUUUGCAGCCAUUCACCAUCAAAAUGUGGUGCGUCACAGGGCUGUUCUUUCUUGUCAUAGGAACGGUGGUUUGGCUGCUAGAGCACAGAAUCAAUGAUGAUUUCCGCGGGCCUCCAGUGAAACAGGUUAUCACUGUAUUCUGGUUCAGUUUCUCAACUCUGUUCUUCGCGCACAGAGAGGACACGAGAAGCACCCUUGGCCGCUUCGUGAUCAUCAUAUGGCUCUUCGUGGUUCUGAUCAUCCAGUCCAGCUACACUGCCAGCUUGACCUCCAUACUCACCGUGCAGCAGCUCAUAUCUCCAAUCACAGGGAUCGAUAGCUUGGUCGCCAGUGACGAGCCCAUCGGGUUUCAAGUCGGCUCCUUUGCGGAAAGUUACCUCGUGAACGAGCUCGGUGUCUCGAGACACAGGCUUAAAUCCCUCGGUUCUCCGGACGAGUAUAAGCAAGCGCUUGAGCUUGGCCCUGCCAAUGGAGGCGUCACUGCCAUCGUCGACGAGGGUCCCUAUGUUGAGAUCUUCUUGCUUCUGCAUCCCAAAUUCGCAGUCGUGGGCUCGGAGUUCACCAAAAGCGGCUGGGGCUUCGCGUUCCCGAGGGACUCGCCGCUGGCGGUGGACCUGUCGACAUCCAUCCUGGCGCUGUCGGAGAACGGCGACCUCCAGCGGAUCCACGACAAGUGGCUGGCGAACGACGCGGCAAUGUCCACGUCUCAGAACAACGAGCUGGAGUCGGACCGGCUGCAGGUGUACAGCUUCUCGGGGCUGUUCCUCAUCUGCGGCGUGGCGUGCCUCGUCGCGCUCGCCAUACACGCCGGCAUCCUCUUUCACAAGUACUGCGAGCAACGGCGGCAGAUGUCGGCCGACGGCAGCUCCCGCUCCAGCCGCAGCAGUUUCCGCGCGUUCCUGUCGUUUGCCGACCGACGGGAGAUGGACGCCCAUAUAGCGUCCAAGGACAAGGCAGGAGGAGAUCACUCCAUUAGCGCGAGGUCGAGUAGCAGCGUCAGCACUGCCGCGUCGAGGGACGGACGGACGGCUUCCGGUUAG